UCUUUAGAGCCUCUUUAGUGGCUGAUUAUGCUCAGUGACACUAUGAGUCCAGCCUGGUCACUCAGUGCUUUGCUUCUCGGUUGUGUUUUUGGAUUUCCAAUCAGCUUCAACAGUACACAGAGUGAUACAAGAAGUAAGAAUCAAUCAUAUGAAAUGAACACAAAUGGAACCAACUCAACACCACCUGAUAUAGGCCCAACUUUUAACGACACCUUCAUGGAUCCGCCAUUUAUCGAGCCACUUAUACUACUCAACAGCUUCAACAGUACACAGAGUGAUACAAGAAGUAAGAAUCAAUCAUAUGAAAUGAACACAAAUGGAACCAACUCAACACCACCUGAUAUAGGCCCAACUUUUAACGACACCUUCAUGGAUCCGCCAUUUAUCGAGCCACUUAUACUACUCAACAGUGUUUACGAACGUGGUCAUGGAUGCCUUCUACCCACAUGUGCAUUAAGUAAUCUGGGAAAUUCUCUGAACACAGGAGAUGAAGAAGCUGGCAGCUCAACUUCAGAUCCCCAUGGAAUUGGAAAAAAGUGAAUUAAAAAAAAAAAACCCUGUGUUU